CGGGCAGCGCGGCUGCUGCGGGCACUGCGGCUGUGGCUGUGCUGCUGCCCGGAUCCCUCAGUGCUUGCAGCUGACACGUGCCUCUGGCAGCCAUGAAUUGGCUCGGCCUCCUCGUCCUGCUGACCGCUGCCGGGCUGGCGCACGGCACAUGGGACAACUGUGGAGGGAUAUGUGGACUUAGACCCAUGGUGUAUGAGUAUGAGUACAUGGGUCCUGACGAUGGAAUGAUGCGCGUCGUGGGUGGCACUGAUGCCAAGCCAGGAGCCUGGCCCUGGAUCGUCAGCCUUAAGCAUCCCGCAAUACCAGGCACAAGACAUCUGUGUGGCGGGUCUCUCAUCACUGCAGAGUGGGUCCUCACAGCAGCCCACUGCUUCGACCCCAUCAGGAAAAUCAGCAUGGUGUAUGUGGUGAUUGGGGCCACGCAGCUCACUAAACCGGGCCCUGGGGCACAACUGCGCCGGAUUAAGAAGUUAGUGCGUCAUGAACGCUAUAAUAAAAAUGACAAAAGUAACGACAUUGCCUUGCUGGAACUGAACAAACCUGUCCACUGCAAUCCCUACGUCCAGCUGGCCUGUGUGGCUGACCCCAUCCUAAGAGUGUCAGAGCUGCAGAACUGCUGGGUGGCUGGCUGGGGUGCCACUGCUGCAAGAGCUCAAAACUCAAGUGAUGUCCUACAGGAGGCCAAGGUCCAGCUCAUUGAUACCAAGCUCUGCAACAGCAGCGGCUGGUACACAGGGGAAAUCCACACCCACAACCUGUGUGCUGGUUACCCACAGGGCACCAUCGACACCUGCCAGGGUGACAGCGGUGGUCCUCUCAUGUGCCAAGAGAAAAACGCUGACUACUUCUGGAUUGUCGGAGUGACCAGCUGGGGAAGAGGCUGUGCCAGAGCAAAGCAGCCCGGAGUUUACACCUCCACUCAGUACUUCUAUGAUUGGAUUGGGGUGCACAUUGGCCUGGACACCAUUGAAAAGACUUCUUGAGCAGCAGGACAAACAGCAUCCAGAGUGUGCUGCAGUGCACCACAACCUUUGCUGCUGGGCAAUGCCUGCUGAUCCAAAGGCAGCCUCAGUGUCAUAAACCUGCUCUGUCCUGUGCUUGCUCCUGUCCUGUGUGCAGGCAAACACUGCAGUUGAUUUAGUUGUUGA